AUGAGCAAAGAUCACAAGGGCCAUCUCUUGGGUUCACUUACCCCAACGCACAGUAGCAAUGUUGCAUUGCAACAUCAACCACAACGUCCCCGAAUGCGUUUAAAAGUGAGUCCACUAAGCAGUCCUAUUGCCACCGUCGCACCAGGUUCAAGUGUAAUAAAAUUUGAGCCAAGCUCUACUAAUGAUGAAGAUAAUGAAGACAAAAUACCUACAAUGUGUAUAGAAAAAAAAGUUUCAGUAACAUCGGCCGGCACGGCAGUAAGCAAUGUCGGCAGCGGUCAUGGGGUGAGUGGUUGUAAUUUGGAUGAUGAAGAGGACGAUGAGGAUAGUGAGCAACCGUGCGAUUUACGUUUGAGUAGUCACUUUAAAUUAAACCUCGUCUCGAUUGCACUGCAGCAAGCUGCUGCUGCAGCAGCCUCUGGUGAUCAGCAAACUGCUGCCGCUAUGGCGGCCGCGGUUAUAGGUAGUGGUACCGCAGGAUCGACCGGUAUGCCACCCGCAACACAAUUGCAACAUGCUGCCUUACAAAGUAUAGCUGCCGCAGCGACAUCAUCGCAUCAUCAUCAUGGGUCGAGUCAUUCUCUACAUCAACAGCAUAGCCAUCAUGCCUUAAUGAAUUUUCCUACACAUGCGGCUGCAGCGGCUGGAGCUGUCACCCCUACACGCCGCUAUAGUAGCAGCAGUGCCGGAACGAAUUUAACUGCGGCUGCUGCAGUUGCUGUGGGUGGCUCAAGCGGGCCAGCUUCUGUUGGUACCGCUACCAAUGCCGCCGGUACGGCUCUAGGUGUUUCUACCUCAAGUGCUGUAGCACCCCAUACACCUACAUCUAGCGGUAAUGUCGUUGGUGGCGGUGUUAUGGGUGCCUCUGGAUCCAAUAGCGCAGGCGCUCCUGGAUCUAGCGGCACUGGCGGUAGCGGUGGCGGCAAUAAUUCUAACACAUCGUGGGGUGGGGCUUACACAUGUGAUCGUUGCGGCAAUUCAUACGCCCGACCGCACAGUCUUAAUCGACACGUGCGCUUCGAGUGCGGCGUCGAACCCAAGUUUGAGUGUCCCAUUUGUCACAAGAAAUCUAAGCACAAGCAUAACCUAGUAUUGCAUAUGCGCACUCAUCAACAUCGAUGA